UGGUAUGCAUGAACUGGUACAUGCAAUAAAGACGGUAUUUUAUCAAAAUAAAUAUCAGUUUCAAUAAAGUAACCCUCUCACGUUAAUGAAAGAGCUGAAGACGUCACUGGUAUAAAGUUACUGCUAAAAAAAGCAGUUCGGGCGAAUAGAUAUAUUGCCGUGAAUAAGGCAAGUUGUAUCACUAAUUAUCCUGGAUCGUCAUUUUUCUCUCGCCAACACAUGUCACGCAGCAGCAACUCUUCACAAAUAUGGAAUUCAAUGACGCAGCAACCAGAAAAGCUCCACCAGGCUUUGUAAACGGUGGAUACACAUCCGAUUUUCAGUAUACCACUGCAUCUGGACCACCACCUGAACCACCACCUACUUACUGGUCAUUUUAUCCAGAGGAACAACAACCACAACAACCACAACAACCACAAGUGAUUAUUCUUCAAAACAACCCACAAUCACAAUCAGAAUAUGUUAAAGAUUUAAUGCCUACAGCAAUUCUUGUCACCUUGUGCUGCUUUUUACCAACGGGCAUUGCUGCUAUUGCAGCUGCAUCUGAAGCAAAUUCAAUGGUUCAAAAGGGACAAAUAGAAGAAGCUAAGGUAGCAAGCAAAAGUGCAAAAUCAUUUAUUAAAAUAUCAUUUCUUGUUGGUUCUAUUUUGUUACUUACUGCUUCCGCAGCAAUAAUUAUAUUCAAUGUUCUACGAAGUUUCUGAUGAUGUCAACGACAAGUUGUUCAGUUCUUCAAGAAAUUAAUAUUAAAUGUGUUUUCUUUUCUUUAUAUUCAUCUUCAGCUAUAAUUAUGUAAAGUAUACUCAGCAAAAAAUGUUUAAAUAUAUUGAGUACUUCAAUCGACAAAUUACAUAUAUCAUAAUAAAUAAUAUGAUUCCAAAUAUUAAACAAUGAUAUAUUCUAAUCGGUGAACUCUACAGCCUUAGCCUGAUGGCAAGAACCACUAAAGAAGUAAAACUAUGAGAGUAUAGAGAUAUUCCUGAACAAAUUGUACCAUUUCUUCCCUCCGAUUUAAGCACCCAAGAAAGCAAUGGGUGGUGUUGUUGCAUUUUGCUUUUACAUGAAUCUUCUUUAUUAUUAUCUCAGGAACUAUCAAAGUUUAAAACCAUUUUAUGAACAUAAUCGUGAGACAAAACAAAUUUUUUAAACUCUUUUGUAGUUUUCAAAAUGUUGCCUUAAAGCCAAUUAUUUAUUUCACUGUUAAAUAUUCAACUAAGAUAAACUAGACUAUUGUUACACGAAAAAUAAACAGUUACAUAAAGACAUACCCAAAUGUUGCAGUACAUGUCAAUAUAAUAUUUUAGAUAAUGGUAGACAGCAUUGGCUAAAAGUGAAAACUACGUCAAAACAUUGACCCCCAAAUGAAGAGGAAUAUUACUUUUUGCUUUCACCCAUAACUAAUUGGUUUAAAUUGGUUUUAAUAUUUCAUCUAAUCAUGUUACAGAAUAGGAAGUGGAGUUCACAGCAAAUAUCUGAUUAUUUACUCGUAGUGUUUUAAUGAUUUUAUUUUCAAUGUGUGUAGUGAACAUAAACAUAUAUGAUUUGUAAGUAAAAUAAUAUCUGAAAGCAUUCUCCCCUCGCAAAGACUCCAUAUAUUAACUAAUGCAUUUGAUAACAAAAUAAUAGCAGUUUAAUAUUUGUAAACACACCAGUAAAUCAACUUGUAUAUUAUGUAAUCAACAUUCAAUGAAAUAAAGCAUUAUUUU